UUUUUUUCGGCAAUAGGAUCUGCAUAUUGAAAUACAACAGGUGCGGCAUUUGACAAGGGAUCCUUUGUUAUCAGUGCCGACUGUAAUAGUACGUAGCGGGUCGUUAUUCGGCAUCAAGAAUAGUGCACAGUUCUUGAUAGCUUAUUUAAACCCGACGAGAAAAAUUAUGGGAGGUUCAAAAAUCAUGGCGAAAUAUCUAUUCCUUGUUUGCUUGACCUUGCUUUCUAUCUCCACCCUAUCGAGCGCUCGCUGGGCAGGCGGCUCUCCACCUAAGUGUGUCCCUAGUGGAUGUAAUGACAACGAAGUCGAAAUAUGUCAAGCGGCAUCACAAUUCGAGGCACAGGACGAAUGCGGCGUCCCCGAGUGUGCUAAUAAUUUCGGCAAUAUUCCCUGCGCGUCCGGAUACAGAACUUGUUGCCUACCCGCUGAUGGGUAAUUGCAAUUCCGGAUUAGCUUUUCUAUAAAGCGAGCUUUUGUUGUAUCAAUGAAUUUCGGAUAGUACAACAACUCAGUUUCCAAAUAGGAGCAACUGUAAU